UUGUGGUUUGAACUGCAUAGACCUUGUUGGCAUGUAUAUCGUUUGCAGACAUGGAAUCCCAAGUCCAAAAAUGAGCCUUAUGCUCAAUCAGCUGUGGAACUCAUCAAAAUUGCCACAGAAACGGUAGAAGAGUUCUUUGAAACCCCCAUUGGGAUUACAGACGAUCUCAUUUGUGCCCUUGCAGAAGGUCUUGAGCAGUUGUUUCUAGAAUAUGCCAACUUUGUGACGGCUUGUGGAUCAAAACAAAGCUAUCUUCCAACUCUUCCCCCACUAACCAGAUGCAACCGAGACUCAAAAUUCUUCAAAAUUUGGAAAAAAGCAGCUCCUUGCACUGUGACAAUAGAGGAUCUUCACCAAAAUGAGUUCAAUGAAAUUCAUCAUCCUCGAGCAUCAACGAGCCGUGGGACACAACGUCUCUACAUCCGACUCAACACAUUGCAUUACCUUGUUUCUCACCUGCACGCACUGGACAAGACCCUUGCCCUGGCUCCAAGGUCUAAUUCGGCUCGAACACGUAAUAGUCGUCGACAACACAGUAUCUCCUCUUACUUUGAGCAAGCCCAUGCAUCCAUCCAAUCUGCAUGUCAGCAUGUAUCAGAAGUGGCUGGUUAUCGCUUGAUAUUCCUCGACUCGAGCUCGGUGAUAUAUGAAUCACUCUAUGUCAUCGAUGUAGCCAAUGCGAGGAUCAAACCAGCACUCAGAAUCCUCAAACAAAACAUCACUCUCAUGAGUGCAAUCCUAACCGAUCGAGCCCAAUCCUUAGCCGUGAAAGAAGUAAUGAAGGCCACAUUCGAGGCCUUCCUCAUGGUUUUGCUUGCCGGAGGGUGCUCCAGGGUGUUCUACAAAACUGAUCAUAACAUGAUUGAGGAAGAUUUUCAAAGCUUGAAACGCAUGUUCUGUACUUGUGGCGAAGGGCUGAUGAAUGAGGACCUCGUGGAAAGGGAAGGUGAGAUUGUGGAAGGGGUGAUUGCAUUGAUGGGUGAAUCCACAGAGCAACUAAUGGAAUAUUUCAGCAACGCUGCUUGCGAAACAAGCGGCAUAGGAGCCUUGAGUUCAGGGCAGAAACUACCAAUGCCACCAACUACAGGGAGAUGGAAUAGAGGGGAUCCAAACACAAUCUUGAGAGUUUUAUGCCACAGGAAUGAUAGAGUAGCGAAUCAAUUCUUGAAGAAAUCGUUCCAGUUAGCCAAAAGGAAGUGAUGAGAUGCGAAAACCAAUUCGUGGAUCUAGUCCCCUUUACAUGAUCUUCAUUUCAGGAAGGCAAGGCAGCUACAUAGAUUUUUAAUAUUUAGUUGACCUUGAUUACUAGAGUACAUAAAAACAAGAGGAAAACAAUGUAAAAGAUGGCUCAUUGUACUAAUAGAAGUUAGAACAACUGACGGUUAUUAGUACUAGGGAACUGAUGUUAGAAACCUGUUUGGAAGAGGGUUUCUUUCUAGCACAUAAUCUUGGUCAAUUCUACUUCUCCCUUUGAAAAGGGUUUUGAAAUUUUCAUGUCACUCAUUAUGUGAUUGUUCGCUUAUAAAAAGU